GGAACUGACUGUAGUUCGGGCAGGUUUAAGGUUUAGAAUCUGUGGAUAAAUAUAGUUUAACUGAAUAUUAACCUAUCUGUGUGUUUACCUGCUGGUUCAGAGAUUCAGAUAUGGCUUAUUCACAGCCUCCUAAGAGGACCGGCCUGCCCAGAGAGGUUUUAAAGUGGCUGCAAAGUCUGGAUUUGUCCUUUUCUCCGAAGAAUUUGCGCAGAGACUUCUCCAAUGGGUACCUUGUGGCUGAGAUCUUUUCUAGGUUCUACUCAGAAGAUUUCCCCAUGCACUCCUACAACAACGGGUCAUCACUGUCCACCAAGCAGGCCAACUGGACUCAGAUAGAGAAGGUUUUGAUGAAGCAGCACCUCAACCUGGUGAAAGAAGCUAUAGAAGGCACCAUCCACUGCAAACCUGGAGCAGCAGAAGCUUUAGUCCAGGAGAUGUACACCUUACUGACCAACAAAAGGAUCAAAACAGUCCAGGAGGGGGAGCUGGACUUCACAGAUCGGAGCUACCAGGAGCAGCUGCCAAUAGUGGCUCGAGCAACGGCCUCCAAAGCCAUCAAGAACAACCUGCGGCUCAGUGAAGAGAUGGCUGAGCCCAACAUCACAGCCAAACAGCAGAAGAUCCAGACCAUCAUCCACCGUCAUGUGGAGCAGAGGAAAGAGGAGAGGAGCCGCCAUCCCAAGCGUUUCGGUGUGAAGCCCACGCUGUGCGAGCAGGCUGUUAGACUGCCCCCCACCAGCGUCCAGAAUGACACAGACCUCUACACCAAGACCAGCCGCACCAGCAAUCCAGCAGUGAUUGGGGUCAAAACCAAACUACACUCUGGAGAGAUCAGACACUGGCAAGUGGACACGCCAGGCCUGCUGUCCUGA